AUGGCAACCAACGGAACCCCAAGCCCAGCCCAAGCCCCAAAAUCCGUCGACGCCAAGCCAGUCGUCGCCGACGAGGUUCAGAGAGUCUUCAAAAGCUUCGACGCCAACGGUGACGGCAAGAUCUCCGUCUCCGAGCUCGGCAACGUGCUCAAGGCCCUCGGCUCCAACGUCUCUGCCGAUGAGCUUCAGCGUGUCAUGGGCGAUCUCGACACCGACCGCGACGGCUUCAUUUGCCUCGACGAGUUCAACGCCUUCUGGGUCUCCGGCCCCAAAGAAGGCGCCUCCGCCGAGCUUCGCGACGCCUUCGAUCUCUACGACCAGGACCGCAACGGCCUCAUCUCGGCCAACGAGCUCCAUUUGGUGCUCAAUCGGCUCCAAAUGACUUGCAGCCUCGAAGAUUGCAAUCGGAUGAUCAAGUCCGUAGAUGCUGACGGCGAUGGGAAUGUGAAUUUCGAGGAGUUCAAGAAGAUGAUGGGCAACAACGCCAGUACCGUUAGCAACACCAACGCCUAG